AUGCUCAGCCAACAGGCUGCUAAGGUCCGUGCAUCGAUCGGUGACGAAGAACUACGCAAGAGCUACGACGGCUUUGACGAUGUGACAAGAAGUGGCGUGUUCGGUCUGCAGUCUCAGCAGCUGGAGGAGCGUGUGCUUCGUGAGAUUGGUCCAGGCUUCUUUGACUCGGCCGAUUUCGAGGUGCUGCAGCUGCUGGGUAGGAUCAGUGUCAUGCGGGACAUCGGGGGCCACACCGAGGGGCUCACCGCCGUCAUCGCGUACGCGGCACGCUUCCUGCCCCGCCUGCCCAUGCAGCGGCCGCUGACCGUGCUACUCAAGGAGUACCUUCCAGUGGCCCGCGCAGUGGCUUUCAACGAGCUGCUCGUCCUGUCCAAACUCUGCGAUCUGCCUCAGGACCAGUACGUGGUACGACACAGGGAUUCCGCCAACCGCCCCACCACCCGUCAUCCCCCCUUGGUGCCGCUGCUGGGGUAUUUCGUGUCGGCACCCUCAGAGGAAGCCGCGUCGGUAUCCCUGGACUCCGCGGCGGGCAGUGUGUGGCUCGUGUAUCGCUGGGAGGGACUGAGGCCCCUCAACAUGUACCUGGGAGAUGUACGACCGCCCGAGGGAACACCGUCGUUUUUCAAGCGAAAGGAGGUGGCCGAGGCAGAGGCGUGGCGUGCUCGUCACUCCUGGCUGCGAGCCGUGUCUCGUGCUCUGCUGGGUGCCGUGGCGCACUGCCAUGGCGCGGGAGUGACCCACGGGUCGAUCUCUAGCGGCACCGUGUUUUUGAGCUCCACUCGCGAUGAGGACGCGGAUUCGCUGUUCGUAAAACUGGACAACUUUGGAUUCGGUCGCCUAGACCCCGGGGGCCCUCUGGGUCUGGCCACUCCGCAGUUGCCUAAUUUGGACAUUGACAGCACUUCAAGGAAUGAGGGCCGAAAACAUGACCUGCAGGCAACCGCCCUGACUCUCCUGGAAGCCUAUUCCGCCGCCACCGCCACCUCCCCCUCCGGCGCCCUGGCGCGCACCUCGCUGACUAGGCUGCUGUUUGAAAUCUACUGGGACGACAUGGCGGCGUUUCGACAGUAUUGUGCAGAUGAUCCGCCAUUGAGUCGUCUGGUGGCCUUUCUGGACGAGGGCGACCGGGGAGGCUGGGACUUCAUCGCGCAGCUGGUUCGAGGCAAUCGGGGCGCUUCUGAGCUGCUGUUGCACCCGUUCCUGCAGCUGUUGUGA